AUGGACUCCCCGUGGUCGAAAAUACCUAUAACCAAAUUUAUUGGUCGUUUGAAAGUGGCGUCUCCAAAGACUUCCCUUGUGAGAAGUAAACUGACUCCUUCGCUUGUUGGAUUCAAGGAAAACGGUGAGGUCGUAAUAGGAGAACCCGCUAAGAGUCAACAAGCAAUCAAACCAGAAAACACGGUUUAUGACUUGAAAACAAUAAUCGGUGGUCUCUAUGAUGAUAGGCGUAUUCAACAAAGAAUGAAAAGUUGGCCAUUCAAAAUUGUCAAUAACAGUAACCAACCAGUCAUUGAGAUCGAAUUAGGAUCUGGAACAAAGAAAUACACGCCAGAAGAGAUUACUUCAUUGUUGGUUGCAAACUUGAAGAGCUUCGACUCAAAUAACAAGGUUAUUCCACUCAAAAAUGCUGUUGUCACUAUUCCGGUUUACUUUGACAAUAAUCAAAGAGUUGCUAUCAAAGAUGCAGUCAAGCUAGCUGGCUUUAAAUAUGUCAGGCUUAUCAAGGAACCGAUAGCUGCUGCAACAGCAUACAAAAUGGAUGAGAAGGGAGACGACCGAAAGAUUCUGGUAUUCCACUUGGGAGGUGCUACGUUUGAUGUGACACUUCUCAAUUUUGAAAGUGGAGUUUUUGAAGUUUUGGCUAAUCAAUGGAACAGGGACUCUGCAGGAAGAGUAUUUGAUGAAAGAAUUGUAGAACAUUUUUCGAAACUUUACAAAGCAAAAACUGGAAAAGAUCUGGACCAUGAUAAAAUCCCAAAGCUCUACCAGGAAGCUGAAAAGGCAAAAAUCACUUUGUCCGACAAUUUCGAAACUGUUAUUCAAUUGAAAGAUCCAGAAGAUUUCAACUUUCUGCUGACGCGUGCAACAUUUGAAGAACUCAACAUAGAUAUAUUUCAAGACACCUUGAAAUCAGUGGAACAAGUCUUGGAAGACUCGUUUUGCAACAAAACUGAUGUCCAUGACAUCAUUCUCAUUGGAGGGUCUUCCAAAAUACCAAAAAUUCGUAAACUCAUCAAAAUUUUUUUCAAUGGAAAGGAGUCCGCAGAACGUGUAGAACCAGAUUUGGCAGUAGUGACAGGAGCUGCUAUGAUAGCUGGAAAACUAGGGGCAGUGGAGAAAACGACAUUUGAAUCAACAGUCGACUGGAUCGUUUCCAAACUUUUCUGGACUGGCAAUUUGAAACACGACGAGCUGAAGUAG